CCUAUGCCCGGCAGACCUUAGCUCUCAACUUCAACGUCACCUCUCGAAGAGCAAACCCGCCUUUACUGUUAAGAAGUUUGUUGAACAGAGUACCCCAAUAUGUCCCUGAGAACUCUCGGAGCGAAGGCGGCCGCGGCCCUCGACAAGGACCUGAUGAGCACCGGCGCGUUUUCCCUUGACCAGCUGAUGGAGCUCGCCGGUCUGUCCGUUUCCCAAGCUGUCUACCGUGUCCACCCGCCCAGCCGAGGCGUGAAUGUUCUGAUCGCUUGCGGCCCUGGCAACAACGGGGGCGACGGAUUGGUUGCCGCCCGGCACCUUCGUCACUACGGUUACAAGCCAACGAUCUACUACCCCAAGAGAAGCAAACACGAUUUGUACCAACGUCUGGCGCAGCAACUAGUGGAUUUAGAUGUCCCCUUUGUCGACGAUUUCCCGACGGCUCUUAAGUCGACGGAUCAUGUCGUGGAUGCCAUCUUCGGAUUCAGCUUCUCUGGUGAGGUUCGGGAGCCGUUCCCCGCUGUGAUCAGGGCAUUAGAAGACACCAAGUUGCCGGUGACUUCUGUUGACGCCCCUUCGUCGUGGAACAUCGAGGACGGCCCGCCUUCGUCUGGCCCAGGCAGCUCCUUCCAACCUGCGGUCCUCGUCAGCCUGACGGCACCAAAGCCGUUGGUGAAGCAUUUUAAAGGACGCCACUUCAUCGGUGGAAGAUUCGUAUCGCCGGGCAUUGCUAAGAAGUACAAUAUAGACAUUCCGCAGUACGAAGGCAUCGACCAGGUGGUGGAAGUUGAUAUUAAGGGACAGAAGCUAUGAAGAAGUCAGCCGACACUUUAUAGCUGUCCCUCCCCCCUCCAUCUCGCGGAAUUUUCCGAUCUCUAUGUCUGAGCACUUACAAUCAAGCUUUUUUGUUGCCGAAAUGUCUGUUAGAUGACCGCACAGCCCCCGAUACGGCUGUUGGGACAGACGGGACUGGGACAUCGACCGUCGAGCAUCUGCAUCGGCUGAAUUAAGAGACCCUGCGGACAAUCCAGUAGGGGAGGAUGGUAUGCGUGACAGAAGGCGACAUAGACAAGGUAAAGCCUUCGACAGACCGGGCAGACAGUUUUGUGCUCAACACACAUGAAAACCGAAU